AUGAAACGGCCUGAAACUGAUGAGAUUGAUGAAGCUAUUGAGAAUACUGAUGAAAUUGAGAUAUAUGAAUAUCCUGCAUGGGAUAUUACAGUUUUGACAAAAAAUGCCUGCAUUCUUUUGCAAUGUUUUUCAGAAAUUUAUUCACAUAUAUUUAAUCAUAACUCACUAAUAACAUUUCCAUUACAGACAUUACAGACCAUAACAUCUUUGAGGAAAAAAGACAAAGAAAAAAUUGAUGAUGUCAUUUCAUUGACUGCAAUGAAAAUGCCAGAAGCACGAUUAUGUCAUCUUCCUUUGGGCUUUAGUACUUUGCAUGAACCAGAUCCACUUCAUUAUUGUGAUGCUAAUUUUUCAACCAAUACAGAACUGAUUAAAAUCCUAGCUUGUGGCCAUACUUAUCAUACAUCCUGUUACAACAAUAAUGGGUCAAAAUGCUUGAAUUCUUACAAAAUGGUAUUGAUGAACAUGUUAAUGUCUCAAUGA